AUGUACUACAGAAGCAGCAAUAUUGCGGCUAGGAUUUUCGAUCGUCAAAUUUGCACUCCUGCUCCUGGCACUAGUGUUCAUCAUGCCCGGCGAUUCUAUGAGAAUUUGGUGCCAAGUUACACAGUAUAUGAGGUUGAGUUCCCUGACCAUUCAUUUCGUAAAUUCACAGAUGAUGGUCAAUACCUUAGUAAUAAAUUUGGACUGUUUGCUACUUCUACGGCUCAAGUUCUUGAUGCACCUGCUGAUGGAGGAGCUGUUCAGGGUGUUCCGUCAAUAGAAAAAAUAACUUUUCAUCUUUUGAGAAUGGAAGAUGGAGAGAUCCUGGAUAAGAAGAUUAGGGACUCUGGGAACUUUGUUCAUGUACGGGCUAUUGGGGAGUUCUGCCGUGAAGAUGACGAACUUUUUCUAAAUUCAAAUGCUCAGGGCAUGCCAUUGUCUAACAAAAAUAAACAGCACCCAGUGCCAGAGAACCAUGUAGAAAAUCACAUGCAUCAAGGUCAGCCUAGUGUGGGGAAUUCUUUUUUAAGUGGUGUAAAGCAGCGAUUGCUUUCAUUCAUAUUCCAGGGAUUAUGGAAUGAAGAAACGGAUGAUACCUUGAGGAUCCAAAGACUUAGGAACAAGUUUUACUUCCACUUUCAAGAUUAUGUUGAUUUGGUUAUCUGGAAGGUGCAGUUUUUGGAUCGACACCACUUGCUAAUCAAGUUUGGCAGUGUUGAUGGAGGGCCUCAGGUGUCAAGAAAUGCUGAUCACCAUCCAGCUUUUGUUGCUGUAUACAACAUGGAUACAACUGAAAUUAUAUCUUUUUAUCACAAUUCAGCAGAUGAGCUUUAUCUGUUGUUUGAGAAGUUUGGUGAUCACUUUCAUGUAACCUCAAGGAAUUUGAUGUAUAUGAAUUUCAUAUCUUCUCAUUCAAAUAAUAUUCAUGCGCUGGAACAGCUAUGGAGCAUAAAGGAUAAGGCAAGCAACUCUUCACAGUUUGUGAAGAAGAUGCUCGCCUCUUUGCCUUUUAGCUGUCAAUCGCAGAGUCCUUCUCCUUACUUCGAUCAAUCUCUUUUCCGGUUUGAUGAUAAGCUGAUUUCUGCAACUGAUCGGCAUAGGCAGUCAACUGACCAUCCAAUCAAGUUCAUUUUAAGGAAUUCUCCACACACUCUCAAAUUUAAGAUCAAACCAGGUCCUGAAGCUGGUAGUAUGGAUGGUCGUGCAAAAAAGAUCUCUUCGUUUCUUUUUCAUCCAUUUUUGCCCUUUGCUCUCUCUAUUCAGCAGACUUUGUUCUUGCAGCCUUCCGUUGUAAAUAUUCACUUUCGAAGAUGA